AUGAAGUCGAGGCUGAAGCAGAACUCCACAUACGCUGUGCGGAUUCAGGAGACCUGCACGGACCCAAAUGCCAAUGGCGAGUUCACGAUGCUGCAGGAGAACGUCACGACCAUCAUUGCCACCGUUCCCGCAGAUGCGCCCGAGAAUCUCACCGUGAGCAAUGAGACGGCAUAUACCUUCUUGCUGGAGUUUGAUGCCGGUGAUGCAUACGACUGCUACUUCACUGGCUGGGCUGUGGAGGUGAGGGAGAACUGGACGGAAGGCAACUUCAGCAACGAGACCAACUACACGGAGUUGAACUACUCGCUCUGGGUGCCACGUGAUGAGUGCAAGAAUGAGGAGGCAUUCCCUCGGAAUCGCAUGCGCUGCGUGGUGCCCAGACUGCGGAAACACUCGAUCUACGAUGCGAAGGUGCGCGAGACCUGCUACGAUGGCUACACCACCUUGCUGGACAGCGACUUCAGUUCCGAGCUGCCAGACCGCCAGGCCGAGACGCUUGUGCCAUUGGCGGCAACGACGCCCUUCGGACUGGUCAGCAUGAACCCGGGGCCCUACAGUUUCGAGCUGGCUUGGUCUGCGGGGGAUCCGAAGGACUGCCUGUACCAGAAGUGGUUGGUGGAGAUAAAGGACGAGAACUACACAGGUGAUGUGUGGCGAGAAGCCAUCGAGUGUGGACGCGAUGUGCGAGAUGUCACCAGUUGCACCAUAACGAUGCUGCACGAGGGCUACUUGGGAGAAGAGUCCGACCUCCGCAGUGCCACGGAGUACGAAGUGCGCGUGCAGGAAAUCUGUGAGACCUACACCUCCAUCUACGACCCUUGGGGGGGCUCGCGGGAGCGUGCAGCGUACUUGGACAGCCCAGUCCACUACCUGCCGUUCGACCAGCUGCCGAGGACCCUGGCGCCCGUGCCAACCUUGACACCCCUCAACUUCAAAGUCAAUGAGACGGACCACCAGUCAUUCAGACUCAGCUGGGACGCCCAAGUCUCCAACGACUGUCGGUUCCGCAACUGGACCGUGGAGAUCCGGCUCAUCAUCCACUGCAUUGCGGGGGUCGGCUACACAAAUUGCACAGCGGUGGAAGACGAACCCUGGGAAGUGCCGCCCACGUGCGUGAUCAAGGACAGGUCGAUCACCACCUGCAAGGUGUACCACGUGAAGAGCUACGGCUUCUACGAGGUCAAGAUGCGGGAGCGCUGUAGCGAUGGGACGGCGGAGAGCUCGGAUGCGACGCUCAUCGCUGAAGUCUGGCCCUUCCUGUCCGACGUUCCUGAUAACAUGACGGUCUCGUCCCCGGAGCCCUUCACGCUGAAUGUGAAAUGGGAUCCCGGGGAUCCCCAGGAAUGUGUCUUCGCGUACUGGGACGUCCAGGUUCAGGGAAGGCGCGUGGGCGACCUGGAUGAUACCUUCUCCAGGCAGUCUGUCACCGACAAGUGGUAUGGUCUCAUAUGGGACUUGGAGGGAAACUCCUCAUUCCUCAACUGGAGUACAACUGUCGACUCCUGCCGUUUGGUCGGCCAGCGUGACGUGGCAGAGUGCAACAUCACGGGACUUAUCAGCAACGCCUUGUACGACGUGCGGAUUGCCGAGCGCUGUGUCGAUUCUCGUGCAGACAGCCACUGGCUAGUGGAGCGGCUGAAGGCCACGAUACCAGCUUGGGCCCUCGUGCCCUUGGGGCCCAACGUCAGCAACGUCACGACCACCACCAUGGACCUGGACUGGGCUGCCAGUGAGCCCAGAGACUGCCUUUUCGGCUCCUGGAAGGUGGAGGUGAAGCCCGCAGCCAUCGCCGACGACGACUGGAUUCCCGUGCCAGAGUGCUCCCUCCCGGAUCGCGACGCCACAUCCUGCCAGAUCGUGGGCUUGCAAAGCUACACGACCUACAACAUCCGAAUACAAGAGACCUGCAUCCAUGCGACCAGCGACAGCCCAUACCUGCUGGAGGAGAACUCGUUCACCACUCUGGUCGGGGAGGUCAUCUAUGUCGGCACGAAUCCGGACACCAACUCCAAGGCCAUCUUCUUCGGGUCGAGAGGUCUCAACGCCUGCGCCUAUCACACGAAGUGCUGCGCGGACGAGUUCUCACUCUGUUACAGCAGCCAAGAGGUGGAUGUCAUCCGCACAGAUUUGCCGGAUGCCGGCUGGGGGCAGGACCUGUACCUCUCUUGCGUGGCGGACUCGGUGCCCCAGGCAGACAUGAAACGCAUCGUGGCCCACCCGCCUGCAGUGCUUGAAGCCGUGGGUCGCACGGCGAACUCGCUCGAUCUCGUUUGGCUGCCCUUUGGCUCUGGCGGGUACAUGAGCGACUGCUACUGCUCCGAGUGGAACAUCUUCGUGCGUCGGCAAGGCACUACUGAGUGGCUACUCUCUCCAGACUGCAGGAACAUGCCCUUCUCACAAAGCAGCUGCACGGUGCAGACUCUUGAAGACAACUGGCUCGCUCCAAACACCGUCUACGAGAUUCGCGUGCGCCAAACUUGCAGCUUCGAUCGCCUUAGCAGCCCGUACAAGGAGAUCCAGGUCCCCACGUUGCCCGGAUGCAGCUUCUCUCAGCACAGCGGUCAAGACGACUACUUCGUGUGCGCGGAUGGCUUCUUCAGCUUCAUCUUCGACGGCGGCCGGUUUGAUGGAGACGGAACUGGCUGCUGGCGACGUGGUGGACGAGCCCGCUGUGCCAAGAAUUUUCCCUACAUGUGUGCCAGUCCGGAUAGCUGCGCCAAGGUGGACUCCCUUCAAGAAGGUGGUCUCAGAGCG